AUGGCCCCCCUAACCACCUACUUCAAGGAUGAGGAGGACUGCCUGGGCUUCCCCAUCUGGGUGGCCGAGCUGGAGCUGAUCGUGGGGAGCGCGAGGGGAUCCUCCCGCCCCGACAGCAUCGCCUGCCUGGCCCUGCUCCACAAGCUGGUCGCCACCCUCGCCCGGGCGGGCCGGGAGGAGGUGCGGGCCCACCAGCGGCGCUGCGAGGACGCGGUGCUCCACGUCCUGCUCAAGGGCGCCCCGCCCUCGGUGCGGCGCCUGCUGUGCGCCGUGCUGUCCCGCCUGUAUGCGCAGGGCGACACGCUGCCCCUCUACUCCCGCGUGUCCAGCCUGCAGCUUUUCCUGGGCACGCGCGAGGCGCAGGGGCGCGAGACCGGCGACGCCAUCCGCCUGGGCGCGCUGGAGGCGCUGACCGCGCUGUACGCCGACCACGGCGGCCUCCUGUCCAUCGGCGUGCAGGACACGGCCACGCGCGCCGCCUCGCUGGCCGCGCUGGCCGCCGAGGCCGAGCCCCGCGUGCGCCGCGCCUGGGCGGGCCUGCUGGGCGACCUGGCGUGCGCGGCGGGGUCGACGGAGGCGCACGCCGCGGUGGAAGCGCUGGCGCCCAAGCCCAAAGCCCGCACGGCGCUGGCCGCCGUGCUGGCGGCCGCGCCGGCGGCCUGCCUCGCCGUGCCGCUGGCCCAGGCGGUGGCCGGCGGUGGCCGCGCCCAGGUGGGCGCCUGCCUGCAGGCCUGGGGCCGGUACCUGGGCGGCGCGGGCGGGGGAGACGGGCAGGAGAGGGAGGCGGACGAGGAGCGCGCGUGCACGCUGCGCGUGCUGCGAUCGGCCGCCAUCGAGCGCCUGGCAGAGCCAGGCCGGCGCAGCCUGCUGCGCCGCCUGACGGCGCUGCUGGUCGGAGGAGGGGGAGGAGAGGGUAGUAGCGGCGACGGCGGCACGACGCAGACGGAGGCCCCCGCCCCGCCGGCGCCGUCCGGCCUGCACCUCGUCCCCGUCGCCGUGGUGCUGCUGGAAAGCGUGGCGCUGGUCAUCGAGCUCCUGGGCGAGGCGGGGGCGGAGACGCUGGCCGCACUCAGCCCGGCCCUGCUCGCAUGCCUGGGCUGGCCGGCACAGGGUGCGCGCGUGCAGGCCGCACGCGCGCUGGCCGCGCUGGCCGUCGCGGAGCCCGGGGCGGCCGCGGGGCUGCUGCGCGGCGCGCUGACGGAGGCGCGCGCCGCCAGGGACGCGCUGGCGGCUGCGGGCGGCGCGGUGCGGUCGGAGGGACCGGACUGCCGCCUGCACGGCGCGGCGCUGGGCUGCGCGGCCCUGCUGGCGGCAUCCACGCGCCUCGCCAUGGGCCUGCCGGGCGAGUUGGCGCGGGAAGUCGCCGAUCUGGCGCACGAGCUCGCGCUCUUUCCCCGCUGCCCCGCUGGCCCCGCGCAGUGCUGCGAGAGGGAGGCGGCGUACAUCAUGCUGGGCGCGUUGGGGACGCUGGCGAGGCCAGACAUCAUGCUGUGGGCGCCGGCCCUGGACACGCAGGCCGCCGACGCGCUGGUGGAGCUGAUGGCGGGGGGCGGGCGGCAGUCGCAGGCCCAGGAGGCGGCGGCGGUGGCGGAGCUGACGUGGCGUGCCGCGGCUGCCGAGGCGCUGCUGCCCCUCCUGCUCCGCGAGGAGGACGAGCGCCAGGGGCCCGCCCCACCGGCGAACGGCAGGGCCCCCGUGCCGGCCGGCGCGACCUUUUUGGCGCCCACGCUGGGCGCGCUGUGCCGGGAGCCCACGCUGGCCGACCCACUGCGCUGCCGGUCGGCGCGCGUAGCCGCGGCGGUGGCCCUGCUGCAGACGCGCGUGCUGGGCGCGCUGCGCCGCCCCGCAGACCUGCCGCCCUCGGCCCAGGAGGCGCUGAGCACGCUGUGCCUGCGCGGCCUGCGCUCUCCCCUGUCGCUGAGCGUGGCGCUGAUGCAUGCGCACCUGCGCACGCUGGGCGCGCUGCUCAGCAGCGUGAGCCCGGCCAACCAGGGCGUCCUGCUGGACGCGCUGCUGGCGCUGGCGCAGGAGCCGGUGACGGCGGGGCUGGGGGCGGUGGUGGGCACGCUGUGCGCGCUAGCCACCGCCUCCCCGCCGCCCGCGCUGCAGACGGCGCUGCACGCGCUGCUGGCCUGCGCUGAGGCCGCGGGCCCCGCCUUCCUGCCCCACGUGUUGCCUGCGCUGGAGCUGUGCCGCGACGCGCUGCUCCGCGCCGACCUGUACGACGAGCCGGGGCUGCUGCCCGCCGCCGGGCGCCUGGUGAAUGCCGCGGUCGCGUCGCUGGGGCCAGAGUACGCGCUGGGCUCCCGCGCGCACGACCUCUGCAAGCUGGUCGUCGCCGAGGCGGCGGCGGCGGCGGCGCUGGGCGGGGGGACCGGCGAUGAUGACUGCAGUGAGAGUGCCGUCGGCGGCGUCGGCGAGAACAGCGGCGGCAGUGGUAGCAUGCCCUCCACUCUCACCACCGUCGCCGCCCCGGCAUCGCCCGCCGCCGCGCUGGUGGUGGUGCUGCACACGCAGAUGCUGGUGCUGUUCGCGCCGGGCGCGCUGCCCGCGGCAGCCCACCUGGCGGUGCUGGCGGGCCCGAUGGCGUCGCGCAGCGCGCCGCUGCGCUCCGCCACGCUGCGCACGCUGCGCCACCUGGCAGAGCGCGACGCGGCUGCCGUCCUGGCCUGGCCGGGCGACCUGCCGGCCGCGCUGGUCGGGGCGCUGGACGCCGAGACGCGGCCCGAGCUGGCCGCGCAGGCGGAGGCCACGCUGGGCACGCUGCUGCGCGCCGGCGCGGCCGCGGCGCCCUCGCGUUGGCUGGCGCUAGCGGGGGGCGUGGUGCUGGAGGGCGCCGAGGGCCAGGGCGCGGCGGGCGGGCUCGACGACGGCCGGGACGGCAGGGGCGAUGGCGAAAAGGAGCGGGACGGCGACGAGGACGGAGUGGGAGCGCCGGACGACCGCGCGCGGCGAGAGGCCGCGCGCGGCGACGGCCACGCCCCUGGUCCCGACGCGGGGGUGCAGGCGGGGCCGCGGCCGCGGCUGGGCACGCGCCUGUUUCUGGCCGAUUGCCUGGCGGGGCUGCCGCUGCUGGCCGCAUCCGCAGAUGCCCGGCAUGUCGACCCGGUCGCCGCAGCCGGGGCGGCGGGCAGGGACUGGCUGGAGGUGGGGGUGGAGCAGCUGGUCCACGUUGGCUUCGUGGAAGCCACCGGGCAGCUGGAGGCCCUGCGGCCGCCGGGCGUGGCCCUGCUGGUGGUGGUCGUGCGGGUGUUUGCUGGCGUGCGGGACCCGCUGGCCGAGGGGGGCGAGCCCCUGCUGGGGCAGUACGAGGCCCAGCUCGUGUCGGCCAUCAGCGGCGAUGCGCCGCCCUCGCGCCUGGCCGCCGCCCUGGGCGAGGCUGCCGUGGCGCUGCCGGCCGCACCGCCGGCGUCCUGCACGGGACAGCUGGCCGGCUCGCUGCCCGCGGCGCAGGACCUGGAGGCAGCGCUGACGGCCAUCGCGGCCGCGGUGCUCGCGAGUACGGGCGGGCGGGGCGAGGCUGUACGCCUCGUGGCCCGCCUGCUGUGCGCGGAGGGGGCUGGCCAGGGCAGCGAACAGGCGCAGACCGUGCUGCUGGCCUGCUUGCGGGCAGUGCACCUGCACGCGGAGGCCGGCGCGGACCCCGCAGUGAGUGCUGCAGCGGGGGCCGUGUUGGAGGCGCUGGGGUCCUGCGGAGACCCGCGCCGACUGCUGACCGCCGGCCUGGCCGGCUUGCGGGGCGGUGCCGCGCUGCGCAGGCCCGCCGCGCUCGCCGUGGCGCGGGCCUGUGGCCUCCUGACGACGCAGCAGGGCAGCGGGAGCGGCACGGUGGGGUACAGUGGGCCGGAGUCCGGUCUGCCGUCUGUGUCAGAGCUGCUCGACAUGGCAGUGGGAGAGGUGGCUUCUGGUACUGAGGAGGUCGCGGGGCAGGGUAGCGAUGGUGACUCGGCCGUUGCCCUGAUCUCGGCGCUCUUGUCAUUGGGCGAGGCGGCGUCCGCGCUAGGCGCUGGCACGCGUUGCACAGAAGAAGCAGCGUCAGCCGGAGCACUCGAAGACCGCAGCAGCCCGGCCACCGCGCGGUGCCUGCGAGCCCUCCACGCCCUGGCGUCAUCCCCAGCGGCGACCGCGGCGGUGCACCAGGCCGUCACUGACAACCUGGCCCGCCCCGGCGCAGGACGAGGAUGGGCACUGCGCUGCGGGGCGGCGGUACUCGCGCCUUCCUUGGACGCCGCGCGUGCCGCCAUGCUGGCCGGCCCCCAGGGGAUGCGCGGGGCUUCGGAUGCGCUGGCGGGGCUCCGCUCCGCUGCCAGGUUGGCCGUGCUGACGGCAAACGCAGCCGCCGUCGCCGGCCGCCCCGACCUCCAGCCGGCCCUGCUCGGCCGCCUCCUCCCGAGGGGGGCCGAGGCGGGCGAGACCCCUGCGGCGGGCCGGGACGAGGGCGAGGGCACAGCGGCCGUGCCCAGGCCCGCCAUCGCACUCAAGAGCUUUGGGGGCGGGGGCCUAGCCCGGCCGCCGGCCUUCAGCCGGUCGGCUGGGGUGAAGGCAAGCCUUGGCCCAGCCGACAACUCAGACGAGGACGGGUGGGGCGACGACUGA